AUGCCAUUCUUGGGGCAUAGCAGAGUUGUACCCACAAUGGAUUUGUGUGCCCAUUUCGAAGCACUAAGAAACGUUGAAAAGAUACAUAAAAUGAUUAUCUCGAAGUUGGACUACCUCAGGAAAAGGGGUGUAAGACCUAGAUGUCAAGAAUGUAAGGCUGCGGCCAACCUGCGGCUGUGCAUGCAGUGCUACUGCUUCCUGUGCGACAUGGACGAAAAGCUACAUCAGCAUAGCAUGUUUCUUGACCUGUUCUAUACCUCUAUAUCUUGUAUUUUAUGUGCCAAGAGAUAUCUUCCAAGUACUAUUACAGCUAGAGCAGGCGGUACAGUUUUGGUCAAAAUCCCAGGGUCGCUGUACGAGAUUCUUCCACAUGUACCUAUCAAAGGAUUUUCCAACCUUGGGAAUACAUGCUACAUCAAUGCGGUCCUUAGCAUAAUGAUCAACUCAAUUCUAAUAAGAAGCGAAUUCUUGCUAGAUACUCACAAAAGGUGCAGUGAAAAUAGGUGCAUCGUGUGUGCCAUGAGGUUUUUGAUCGAUUCUUCCUAUAGAUCCGGAUGCAUUCUUACACACCGAUUUAUACAUACGUUCUGGUCACUAGCACCUCAUCUUUCAGGGCCUGGGCAGCAAGACGCGCACGAAUUCUUUAUGUGCCUGCUUCAAAAGAUCCAUGAAGUAUAUAGUACAAAUGUUGCAGAUGACCUUGAAUGCAAAUGCUUGUCACAUCGAAUGUUCUUCGGAGUAUUUACCUCGAAGACAAUUUGCAAGAUGUGCAACCUCGAAAGAGAAAAAGAAGAGUUGUUUGCAACGAUUUCGCUGGAGUGCCUUUCCUCCAUUCAAUCAUCGCUGAAUACCUUUUUUGAGCCUGAAGACUUGAGGUGCGGAAUGGCCUGUGAAGCAUGCAGGGAAAAAGUGUCGUGCACCAGGAGAUUGGAAGUCAAAAGAUGCCCAAAUAUUCUAUCUCUCCAUUUGAAAAGAUUUUCUUAUGAUAAGGCGUCCAGAAAAGUGGACUCUUAUGUAGCCUUAUCAAACACGUUAAUAGUAGGCAAAGGCGUCUAUGAUAUCCUAGGAUUUGUAAGCCAUUAUGGUUCUAUUGACCAUGGACAUUAUUUUUCGCAUGUCAUCCUUGGAGAUAAGUGGUAUAAGAUUGAUGACGAGAAAAUAGACUUUGUUCCGUAUCCAGAACUCUCUACAGAUGGCCUAUAUAUAGCUUACUAUCUCAAGAGAGGAAAAUAG